GACGCAGAGGGUGGAGGGCCUGGAGCCCUCCGAGUGGUUCAAGGAGAAGUGGGCCGCGUGGAACAAGCAGCUGUCGGAGUGGAAAGACAAGGCCUCCAGCUGGAAGAAGAAGGCUCCGCCGCCGCCCGUGAAGAAGGCGGAGGAGGCGGAGAAGAAGGACGGCGAGGAGGGCGCGGAGGACAAGAAGGAGGGCGACGCCGAGGGCGAGGCGGGAGAACUCGACGAGGACGACGUCGACCCGUUCACCCUCGAGGACCUUGACGACAUUGGCAACGGCAAGCCGCUGUACGGCAAUUUUGUCUACGAGGACUGGACGCUGCUGAGCCUGCGCUACGAGCUCCACCUCCUGGUGCACGCCUUCCGCAAGGACGUGAAUGACCCUGACCGCCAGUCGUUCCACGAGUCGCACCUCGCUUAUUAUUACAACAAGUACUUCAGAAAG